GACAAGACGCUCCCGGUGUUCACCAUCGACGGCACCCCCACGGGCGAGACCCUCAUCCUCCCCGGGCGGCACUUCGAUCAACCCCUGCGCGUGGACCUCGUGCACAGGGUCGUCCACUGGCAGCGGAACAAGGCGCGAAAGGGACGGAAAAAAACCAAGACGCGAGGAGAGGUCAGCGGCACGACGAGGAAAGCGCGGCCGCAGAAGGGCGGCGGCCGCGCGCGCGUGGGCAGCCUGCGCGCGCCGCAGAUGCGCGGCGGCGGCGUCGCGCACGGCCCGGUCGUGCGAUCCUACGAGACGGCGUUGAACAAGCGCGUGCGGCGCGCGGGGUUAAAAGUCGCGCUCAGCGCGAAGCUCGCGGAGGGCCGCGUGAUGCUCGUGCGCAGCACGCACGACGGCGUGGAGCCGAAGACGAAGUGGCUGGACGAACGGUUAGAUAAGCUGCUGGGGAACCAGUCCCUCGCGGCGGGGGAGAGGAGCCACUCCACGUGGAUCUCAAACGCGAAGCGCGCGUCGCGGAACAUGCCGUACGUGCACGUGAUGCAUCAGAGAGGGCUCAACGUGUACGACAUUCUGCGGUACCGGUCGCUCGCGAUGACGCCCGACGCGCUGCGAGAGCUCGUGCGGCGGUUGGACGCGCCGCUCAAGCCGGGGAGGAUGACGAGGGAGGAUCGGCUCGUCGUUGACGAAGACGCGGACCCGCUCGCGCCGCCGGCUCCGGAGGCGCGGGACCCUGGGGUCGAGCUGCCCGCGGCGUAG